AAUUAACCUGGCAGUAGUCGUGUUUAGCACUAGUUUAGUAUUGUUAGUACGUGGACUACACACGUUCAUAUACAUGUACGUACCGUAGUAGUAGCGUGUGUGGCAUGCAUCCGAUCGGCUCAGAGACAAAAUGGCCGUCCCUCGUUUACUUACGAGAUCUUCUUUGGGGAAAAACAGCGGCGCCUGCAGCAUGAAUCCGUCCCACUUUGAUCAGUUCGACAUCGACAUGUUUAGGAAUGAUUUGAAUGACCGACACACUAAGAGGGAAAGGUCACAGAACUGGGGACUGAGUGAGAAAUUUCUCCUCGUCCGUUUGGUACACAAACGACUGGAUGUGGUUGAAGACAAAGCAGCUGAUACAGACGCCGUGCAACGACGCAAACAAGCGUGGCGGGAUAUACACGCUGAAUUCACAGCUAAAGUCCAUACUCCUGGUGGUGCAGUCCAACGGAGUGUCCAGCGGGUACGAGAACAGUGGAGACGGAUCAAACAUUGGGCCAGACAGGAAAUGAACUACAUCCUGGAAACACAAGGACAGAUGGACGGUAAACCACGGUCUAACUCUAAGAAACAUAUCGACUUGGCUCAGUAUAUCUGUGACAUGAUGGCAAAAUUAGAGACGACGAAUCACCAUGAGCAAGGGUUUAGAUCUCUUGUCAGUCGUUUUCAACCUGAAACCAGGAGGAGUGAGGAAGGCAAUGUUUCAUUGCCUGAUGAACCAUUACAAUCCCACCUAAAUCAAGGCUCCGCCUCAGAGGUACUUCAAGGGGAGGAAAGACUCGUUACCAAGGAUACUGUACAGGUGAAAAAGGAGGGAGUGGAAAAUUUGGAUAAGGAUGAGGCUACCGUUACCAUGGUUACCACCCUUGCCCACUCGCCACCAAGUGACUCAGUGAGCCAGCAACUAAUCACACGCGACAAUGGACACGCCUCAAUGAGUACGCAAGAAUUACCAAGCUGGGCUGAUGAGUUUCCGGAGAUCGUAGGUGAGUCGGCAACCCAGAGAACAACCGUUGCCGAAGAUGAGGACGAGGAUGAAGAGGAGGAUGAUGAUGAUUUCCUUGAAGAUUCAGAUGAGGACAUGUCAGACUCUUACCCUGACUGGGACCGAGAGGUUCCCCUCAGUGGCCGAGCCUAUGAUAGACCAGACACGGCCGCUCCGCGUGUUCCCUCGGAACAUAUCGCAAACCUGGCCAAGUUGGAGAAGCAGAAGCUACUCUUCGCCCGCUGGGAAUUCAAGCGUCGUAUGCAGAUGUUGGAAGAAGAGCACUCACGCAAGAUGCACAUCUUGGAGCUCCAGAGGGAGACGGCACAGAUGAAGAAAAAGCUGGUCUUUCGACAGCUUAAAAAGACUAGAGCGACUUCGUCCGCUAUUUCCAAUCCGUACAGUCGGCGCAUACAGAUGCAGUGAUAAAUUUCACAAGUAAAGUUCUGUAUACAUAAAAAGACUUAAUUUAAGAGAGGGGGGUCAAAUGUAAGUGGGAAACCUAUUCAAAGACAGCGGGAAAGCAUUCUUUCUCAAGCAUUGAAGAUGGCAAACACAGCGAUAUCUGUAGUUCUACAUUGUCUAAACUCUUGUAUUUUCUCCUGUCGAGGGAUCCACUUCGGUAUUUUGUCUCCACAAUACUCCAGGCUUAUGAUGAAUAUAGUAUUACGUUUUACCAAAUCACUGUAAUAGUAACGGCAGUGUUUGCUCUCACACAUUUUUUUUACAUAGUGCUAUAAAUCAGUGAAUACUUUCCAGUAUGAGAGGGCGGAAGUUGUUUGGGGUGUUUUUGGUUUGUGUUGUUUUCUUCGCGACAAUCCUACUUUUUACCUACGAGAGAUUGGCUGUUAUGGUUGGUUGAAAGUACAAAGACAGUAACAAUUCCUUUUUGGAGCUUGUCUGAAACACGCAGCUAUUGAAACACUACCAAACAAAUGCUACCGAAGACCAAAUAAACACAUCUUUGUCUCUUUUGGAGCGAGUGUGCAUUUGGAGGCAAACACAUAGAGGGCGCUCUUUUCACUGUAAAUUGAA